AUGGAUCUAGCCGGCCUGUCGCAGCUUCAGACCGAAGCCGUCAACCCCCGGACGGCGCGGAUCGACCAGAUCUCGACCCUGGAGAUGUGCCGAUUGAUCAACGAAGAGGAUCACCGUGUCGCGCCUAGUGUCACACUAUGCCUCCCCGAAAUUGCCGCUGCCAUUGAUGCGCUAACUCCGCGCGUGCGAAAUUGCGGACGAGUUAUCUACGUGGGUGCAGGGACCAGUGGAAGACUCGGCAUCCUCGAUGCAUCCGAGAUUCCUCCGACAUUUGCUGCUCCGCCAUCGCAGUUUGUCGGGCUGAUCGCGGGCGGCGAUGCUGCCAUUCGACGAGCACAAGAAGGAGCCGAAGAUAGUGUCGCUGCGGGCGAGGCAGACAUGGAAGCUCUGAACCUCAACCCGGACCUGGACAGCGUAAUUGGCAUAGCUGCGUCCGGUCGUACGCCGUAUGUUCUCGGAUGUUUGGCAUUCGCGAAGAAGAUCGGCUGCCUCACUAUCGGUGUGGUCUGCGCUUCGCCGUCGGCAAUGGGGACAUCGGGAACCGUCGACUUCCUGAUUGCUCCGCUGCCGGGGCCGGAGGUUGUCACAGGCAGCACCCGGCUGAAGGCGGGAACGGCUACCAAGCUGGUGCUGAAUAUGCUUAGCACUGGCACCAUGAUCCGGACGGGCAAGACUUAUGGAAAUCUGAUGGUAGAUCUUGUAGCCUCCAAUCUGAAGCUGGAACAACGAUCGCGCAAUAUCCUGCGAAGGCUGAGUGCACGCUGCGCCGGUAUGACGGACGCGGAGCUGGACGCUUUGCUCGCAAGAUGUAAAGGAAAGGUGAAAUUAGCUCUUCUCGUGGCCGAGACGGGACACCCGAUUGGACAGUGCGCGGAGAGGUUGGCAUCUGCUGGGGGUGUGCUCGCUAAUGCUUUAGAGACAUCUUUGGCCAAGGAUGUACAGUCCCCUGCCAAAGACAGGCAAUAUGUGCUCUGCAUUGACGGCGGAGGGACCAAGUGCGCGGCCGUCAUCGCGGACCUGACAGGCACCGUCGUUGGGCGAGGGACAACAGGUCCAUGUAAUCUGACUGACGGCAACGGCAUGGAGGAGGUAGUUCAGACGCUUAUGGCUGCUACAAAGGAAGCUUUGGCCACCAUUCCUUCCUCAGAGUGCCAUCUCCAGUCGCUUUUCAAGUCAGUCUGGAUUGGUUUGGCGGGCAUUGACCGGAAGAACUUCCGGGAGUCGCUCUUACCAAAGCUCUGCUUGCUCUUUGGAUUGACUGAGAAGGAAAUCCGACUGACAAAUGACGUGGAUCUGCUGGCGGCCGCUGCAACUCCCCACCCAGACUGUUCAUCUGCAGUAGUUGUGAUUGCUGGCACCGGGAGCGUCGCCAUGCGAUACAAUCGAAGUGAGGAUGGCAAUGAGUACUCCCGAGUCGCUCGAUCCGGCGGCUGGGGACACAUCUUGGGUGAUGAAGGAGGGGGAUAUGCCAUCGGGCUGGAGGCCAUCAAAUACACCUUGGCCGUUCUCGAGGAGAUAAGACUCGGAAUACGCAUUAAGCCCCUGGGACGUUUGGAGCAGGCGGUUCUUGAACAACUGGGAUGUGCCACCUGCGGGCCAAAGCAGAUUGAUCUCGUCAGUGAAAUCCUGGUUCAGCAGCACAAGCAGACGAUCAAAUCUCGUAUUGCAGGUGUUGCCCAAGUGGUGCUCAGCAUGAACGGACAGUAUGACACUGCCUCGACCAUUGUCGGUCGACAAAUUGACUAUUUGGCAAAUCGAACUGUAGGACGUCUGUUGGAUCCUGCUUGUGCUGGAUACGUCCCUACGGAACGUACCGGUCUGAUCCUUUCUGGCAGCAUUCUCAACAAUCAGCCUUACCAGGAUCAAUUUCUGGAUGUCCUCAAGAAAGAGGCCCGGUUCGCCUAUAUCGAGAGGGUAUCUGAUGCGGGCCUCCUGGGCGUAAAACAUCUGAUAUCGUCUUGA